AUAAAAUAAAACAAAAAACAAAGUUCAGGUCCUCGCCGGGCACAUUUCACUGCGACUCAAGGAAGGGGACUCCAUUCGAGCCGUGUUGUUAUUAUCAUCCGGAGCUAACUGUCAACCUCGGCCUGUUCACACGCCAACAUGUCUUCAGACUUUGAAGCCUACGAGCAGGACUUCGGGACCGCCACGGCAGAGAUAACCAACAAAAUCGGCAGAGUUCCCAAACUGAGCGGGGAGGAGAAGACGCAGCUGGUUCUAAAUGUCGACAAACAGCUUGAAGAAGUCAGAGAGUUGCUGGAGCAGAUGGACCUGGAGGUGCGGGAGAUUCCCGUCCAGAGUCGAGCCAUGUUCAACAGCAGACUGAAGAGCUACAAGCAGGAAAUGGAGAAGCUGGAGAAAGACUUUAAAAGGUCACGCAUUGCCUACAGUGAUGAGGUGCGCAACGAUCUCCUGGGGGACGACGCCGGCUCCUCCGAGAACCAGUUGAUAAAGUUACGCGAAGAGAGAGCGCAUCUGUUGGACAACACAGAGAAGAUAGAAAGGUCAUCGCGGAGACUGGAGGCCGGCUACCAGAUAGCAGUAGAAACUGAACAAGUGGGCCAGGAGAUUCUUGCCAACCUGCACACCGACCGUGAGAAGAUCCAGCGAGCCAGAGAAAGGCUGAGAGAAACAGACGCCAACCUGGGCAAGAGUUCUCGCAUCCUUACCGGCAUGCUGAGAAGGUAAGAGGAAGGAUCAUCCAGAACCGUGUCCUGAUCUUCAUCCUCGGAUCCAUCAUCCUUCUCACCAUCAUCCUGGCCAUCUAUUUCAAUCUGCGAGGCCACUGAUCUCUACACACACAAACACACACCCCCCCUUCCCGACACAAAUACAAACACACACACGCGUGAUUAAUAGCGACAAAAGCGUUGUUCUGCUGUAAUUAGGACAAAUGGUCCCCAUGAAUCACUGUUUCCAAAGCCUGACAGGGAGCUUUUUUUUUCCAUCUCUUUCCCGUUCGAUGUCCCCUCCUCUCUUUCUUUCCCUCUCUUACCUUUUUUUCUUUUUUUCUCUCUGUCUUUUCUCCUCUUCAGCUUUGUCCUCUCUCUGUCGGGCGUUCUCAUACAUUUCCAGGGACAAGAAUUUUGGGGAGGUGGCGAGAUGUUUUUAUGACGGUUCAUAUUUUUCACGCCGUCAUCCUGCAGCUCGUCGUGUCCCGAGCUGAACGAGGCCCGGGGGAGGUUUUGUAACUCGAAACAGAUUCAGAUAUUUAGAUGUUUUGGGGUUUUUUUCUGUGAUGAGUGGUGGGUCAAGUGUUAUUCAGGGUGCAUGUGUACAGACACAGAGAGAGAGAGGUAGAACAAUGUGUUUGUUACGAACACCAACAGCAGACACACAUGAUUCAGCUGUUCUUCAUGUGGCCCCAGCACAGAGGACGCUGCCUUCAGAUACAGAUUUACUUCUCACACUCCUCCUUCAAAACGCCCGGCCGAGCCCAAAAUAGACGAGUGGCGCUGCUUUGAAAAAGACGAUGCUCGUGAAAAGGUGGAGGUCAGUUCACUUUGCUCAGUUGAGGUGAAGGUUAAUUUUUAUUAAUAAGUGAACGGUUUGUUUAGAAUUCUUACUUUCAAGGAAAGAUACAUGAAGAUUUCAAGAGUUUAAAAUAGUAAAAUGAUAAUUUAUGAAGUUUUAAUAGAAGAUCGAACUCACUCCAGUCUUGAGACGUACGAUUCAGAUUAAGGUUUAAUAUCCAUGAUUCCCCCGAACGUCCCAAACACAGAUUUCCACUCUCAUCCCCGCAGACUUUAUGACAUAACUAUGAUUGGGGAGAAUUAUAUGCAUUAUGAUGUUUGUACUAACGUUUAAAACACACAUGUAUAGUGUUUCGCUCUAAAUACAAGUGAUUCUGUUACUAUUUAUUUAUAAAUGAGUUUACAAUUAAGUCUCUGUGCUAGAACUGUAUAUUUGAUCAGAUCUGUAGGUUUUCACAAUUAAUAUUAAUCACAUUUUGUUUUUUCCUGAUUAGACAAAAUUCAGACUUCACACCAGGACCAACAGAAAUGUUUGGAUUUCUAGUUUUCUGUCUUAACUUUUUUUUUUUUCCAUUUUUCAUCUGUUCUGAUAAAUGGAUCUAACUUGUUUUAGAACUUGUACUUUUUUUUGUGUUCCAUAUUUUUCUUGUCAACUUCUGACGACUGUGUCGCGGUCCUUGUUUCUCUGUUUAUCUGUAUCCUCACUGAUGAUGUGAUACAUUUGCAGGUGUUUGAAAAACAUGUGCGGGUUUACCGCUGUUUAAUUCUUCAGGGGAAAGCCAUUCUUCAGGGGGUCUUGGAAAAAUCUAAAUUUAAGAGCAUAUUAGGAGAUUUUUUUCUGAAGUCGAGACGCGGGAAGGUAACGGCGUGCACCCUGCAAACACACCCACACUUACACACACACAGGGAGGAGCGUUGGAGCGCGCACGUGUCUCCUUUGGUCGGCGUGGUGGUUCCCAGCGAGGACAUUUGCUAUUCUGUUUUAGGGCCACGGUCUUCAUUUUUCGAAAGAUGCAGGGGCGUCUGGGGGGAAGCGAGGGUCCCCCACCCCCAACGUGCGCUGCCUCCCCCCCCCCCUCCCUCCCUCCCACCGACCACCAUUUCACAGGCCCUCACCAGCCGCAGCGCCACAGUCUGCAUCAAAGCCUCAAAUUAAUGGCCGACAAAAUAGUGUGCCUCUGACCGUCCCAUGCGGGGCCGACCCACCAAGAGUUAUCAUUAAAGUCAAGGAAUGAUGAAAAAAGGAAGGAGGAAAAAAAAAUAAAAAGGGGAAGAGGAAGGAAGUGAAGAAGGAAGUGUGGAGGUGGGGGGGGGGUGAAAUCCCUGGCAGUUUGACAAACCUCAUCUGGUAAUGACCCUCAGUGAUUGUUUUUUCACCCCGUGCACAGAGCGCGUGCACGUGUGUGUGCGUGUGCAGGCUACCUAUGUGCCGAUGUGCUGUCUUCUCAUCCGCUCUCUCUCUCUCCAUCCCUCUGUCUUCCUCUCCCUCCCCAUCCCUCUUUCUCCCCCCCUCUUCUCUCUACCUCUCCUGCCACCUUUUCUCCUCCUCCCUGUCCUCCCCUCCCCUCCCUACCUCCCAGCCUGUCAGAUGAGCGGAGCGGUAGGUAGCGAGUGAGCGGUGGAAAGCAGCGUGGCGGCGGCUUCUAUUUGAAGUUGUAAUGGUGUCAAAAAGUCAGGGCUGACUGACAGACGUCAGUCCCACAGGGCCUCAUUAAAAACAGACCCACUUGACAAGGAAAUAAUUGAGCGCCGGCGACAACUCGGGGGCCCCUCCGCGUUUUUAGAUGUUUUUAUUUUCUUUUCAUUAUUAGCGCCGAGCUAUUAUGUUCAUUAAGAAAUGGCAUUAAAACAAGUUUAUAAAAAGCGAGGAGAGGGGAGGGAGGGGCUGAGGGGGAGGCAGGAUGCAUGGAGGUGGAGAGAUAACGAUUUGUUUAGAGCCCCCGUCCUGUUUUAUUAUUUAAACAGGAGCACUGUCAUGUGAUACCUUGGCAGACAUCGGCUAUCAUCUGCCUCUCCUCCCUUUUUCCCCCCUUUUACUCAUCCCUCACUCCCCCAGCUUUUAUCUUCCCCAUCCUCUGUCCACCUUUCUCUUUCUCCACCUCCCCAUCCACCUCCCUCGCCUCAUCCCUUUCUUUCUCUCCCUCUGAGCGGCGGGUGUCGUCGGAAUAUGAACUAGAUUAUUCAUCAGUGCCCCCACCCCCACCCCCAUUUGCUGAUUUGGUUUUCGACAAGCGUCUCGCCGCAGAAGGCUGAGGAUGAAAACUUGUCAAAAAUAGGUUAUAUCUUAUUCCAAGGGGCAACAAUAGCAGCAGGUACAGACACCUUUAAUAUUUAAUUUAGACGGGUGUUAACCCUCCUUAAGUGACUGGAGCUGUGUCUUCCAUGCAGACACCGGGAGAGAGACUCUGGAAGGAGGGAGGGGGAGAGCAAUUAAUUAUUUGAUGUCUGAAAAGUGAUUGUGAAGCCCUCCCUGCCUCCUCCUGUUUGCCGGAGAAAGGAUGGAGUCUUUGGGUGUCCCUGUUCAUCUCCUACGCCAACCACGUCCUCAGCCUGGCCGCCUCGCGAGGAGUCAAACAUCUGCGCUCGCGUUUAGAUCCUCGCUCCGCUGCGCCUCAACUUGAUACAGCGAGUGAUCGUAUAGAAAUGGUUUUGGUCUGAUCCGCGGAACUUAUUUUCCAGAGGAAUUAUCUCUUUACAGCGCCAACUUGCAUCAGCCCGUCUCGCCGUGGCGUCCCCUGUGCAGUCGUCCCCGUUCUCCCUGGUUCUUUCUAGAACAUAAAAGUAAAGAAGGGGGUUCUUCCACGAGGAACCACUGUGAUGCACCUCCAUUACACAAAGCCGGAUGUUUGUCAGCCAUUUAGGACGACAAGGGAUUGUGACAAGCGUCGUUUGAGCUGUCGGUCCCCCCGGUGCAGGGCGGGCCUUAAACGGGAUAAACAGCUCCAGUGGUGGGAUCACGACAGGAGGGUGGGCACUUCAUCUCCAGGAGUGUCCAUGAUGCUUACACACACACACACACACACACACACACAUAAAUGAGCCCCCUGCAACAACAGCUACCCAAGAAAAACCCACAAUGCCACUGUUUGAGAACUACAAUGAAUCUUCUACUGUUUGAUUCAGCAACCACCCUCCCCACAUACAUACACAUGCUCCAGUGUACGGCUGUUAAAGAGGAGCCAUGUUCUCCUUUUGUACAAACCACCAGUCCUGGUAGAAUGGCUUUCUUUCUCUCCUCGUUUUUUUUUAUUUUUUUUAUCUCGUCUUUUCUUUCGCACCCAUCAGCGCCGUCGACCAUUUUACUCGUGCCUGCGCCUCACAAAGAAAUGACAAUGCCCCCCAUUAUUUGAGGAAGUCACACAGGGGCUGCAGCCGUGCAUACACAACAUGGAUGUUCGAGUGCAUGCGUGUGCGGGACGGAGCCGGAGGCUGCGUUGAACCGCCUGUGUACAUAUUUGUCUGUAAUGUCCGCUCGGACUCAUUUUUCCUGUCGACCAGGAUCUGCGGUACAUCUUGUUCCACCAAUCGGAGUCUGAGCUGCUCCUAAAUCUAUAAAGAUGUGAUUUUCUGUCAGUGUCAGUGUUUGUCAUUAAAGCAGUUCUGAAUCUCUUAAACCAAA